CUCCUUUUACCUGUGUAGCGAUAAGGAAAGAUAAGUGCAAAGCGAUCGAAUGGCGAUGCAGAAGAAAGGAUACCUGCAACACGUGCACAGUAUUUACAUGUAAGGACGUAAAUUCAACAGGAUUAACUCAAGAUAACAACAACGCAAAAGGACGAAGGUUAUUUAAAUUUCACAGACAGUCCUUGGAAGUGAGUUAUACCUGAAAAUUACGCGGAAGUACGCGCGGAUAUUUCCAGUUCAAACAUUUAAAAUGUGCCUAAGAUUUUCAGGCUGGAUAUGCAAGUUGUUAAAUAGACUAAGUGUGGUACCUCCACAAGCAGUCGUUUUAAAACUCUAGAAGCAGCACAUUCAUUUAAAAACGAGUACUCCGAUCGAUUGGUGAAAAAUGGCAAAUUUAACAUUUGUUCGUUGUCUGGCAUUUAUGAUUCUCAUUGGAGUGAGAAUUGUGUUUGCGGUGCCACUCGACGCCGCAACGAAUACGCCUUCCUCACAGCCUGGAGCCGAUACAGCGCAAAUAACAACAGAUCUGAAAAGCAGCAAUCAAAGUAUAUCUUCACCCGCACAACAGCCCGAACUUGAAGCUGCAACUAGCGAACAGAAACAAAUACCUGCAUCUAUGUCACCAAACGCUGAUAAUUCGGGCAAUGGCAAUCUCGAUUCCUCUGCCGCCGCCAAUUCCAUGUACGCCGGCUUUCUUACACCGGAAGCCAUUCAACAGUAUAUUAGCCAAUAA